CCUUCGCGCUCUGAGUCAGUCAGUGUGGAGUAUGGCUGUUGGAAGUGACGGACAUGACCGGGUGAAACUUCGUCUUCUUUCUGCCUAAGGGGACGCAGAUCGUCUUGAAAAUGGGGCAGUGCGGCGUCACGUCCUCCAAAACAGUCCUGGUCUUUCUGAACCUGAUGUUUUGGGCUGCUGCUGGUAUCUUGUGCUAUGCUGGAGCCUAUGUCUUCAUCACCUAUGAUGACUAUGAUCACUUCUUUGAAGAUGCCUACACGCUUAUCCCAGCAGUGGUCAUCAUCACAGUAGGAGCCCUCCUUUUUGUGAUUGGACUCGUUGGAUGCUAUGCUACUGUGAGGGAGAGCUCCUGUGGCCUCACAACGUUCGUCAUCAUUCUUCUGCUGGUCUUUUUGUCCGAAGUGGCAGUUGUUGUUCUUGGAUAUGUUUACAGAGCAAAGAUUGAAGAUGAAGUGAACAGCUCUAUCGUAGUAGUUUAUGAAGAAUACAACGGCACCAACAGCAACUCCCAGAGCCGCGCUAUCGAUUACACCCAGAGGCAGCUCCAGUGCUGUGGGAUCCAUAACUACACAGACUGGCUGAAAACACGCUGGUAUGAAAAAACCAAAAACAACAGCGUGCCCAUUAGCUGUUGCAAAACUACUGUUUCAGGCUGCACAGGGUCUCUUACCCACCCCGAAGAUCUCUUCAAAGAAGGUUGUGAGGCUCUUGUUGUGAAGAAGCUUAAGGAGAUCAUGAUGUACGUCAUCUGGACUGCACUGACAUUUGCUGCUCUUCAGAUGAUGGGGAUGCUGUGUGCGAGUCUUGUGCUUUGCCACAGAAGCAGAGAUCCGGCCUAUGAGCUUCUUCUUGCAGGCGGCACUCAAGCGUGAAAAUGACAAAACCCACUUCUCUUACAGAAUGUGUCAUGUGCCCAUUACAGAAUGGGCACAUUUGAAAUCUAUUACCACACUAAACUUAAUCCACAGUUUGGACAGCUAACAUUUCUUUAACCUGUUGUACUGAAAGCUUUUGGCUGAAGUGAUCUAUGGUUGGUAAAGCAACUUUACUUUAAGCAUUUAAUCCCUGACAUAAUUUUCGUUGGUAGUUUGCACUGUGUGUAUGGACUUUGUAUGAUUUUAUAUAUAGAUAUAUAUAUGCUAAAUUUAAUUAAAGAAUGAUGAUAUUCAUUUUUCUAUCAGAACAAAUAUUUAUUUUAUCAAUGUUUCAUUUUAAUUCAUGGAAAUUAUUAAAAUUACACUGUUUGCCAGUAUAUUCUUAAAGUAUACUAUUGCAGCCCAAGUCAAUGGUGUAGCUCAUUUUGUCUUUUCUGUUUUGACUUAUAAGUAAUAUACCUCAACUAGUUUUGGUUAACCUUACUUUCAAAUUUUUUCCUCUGUUAUUUUGUAUUUUAUUUUGCAGUACAGACUAAAUGCAUGCAAGAUUGAGUGCUUAACAUAAAAUUAUAUUUUGUUUUCAUGGUUUCCUUUGUCCAAAUAAAGCCUGAAACCCAGCAGAUAUGCCAAAUAUGGCUCUA